ACAAUAUAAAUUAUUUCGUUUGCCUGUGAUUAUUUAUUUCCAUGUUCUUUCCACUUGAAGAUAAUAUGCGGUUUUCCUGGCUGCUUACGAACUUGCAAAUAAGAAUGUCAUUUGUACGUUAAAAAGAAGAUUAGAGAUUUGGCGGGUAAAAUCGUUUUAGCAAGCCGCUUUGCAACAAGAACAAGUGUAGUGCGAAUUUAAUUUUGAAAACAAAUAUAAAUUAUUGUUAACUUUGCCUGAAAAGAAGUUAAAAUGGUUGGUAAAGUUCCUAGAACACCUACGAAGCUGUAUGUGGUUAAAAGAGAUGGAAGGAGGGAAAGAGUACAUGUAGAUAAAAUCACAUCUAGGAUACAAAAGCUGUGUUAUGGAUUGAACAUGGACUUUGUGGAUCCAGUGUCUAUUACACUAAAAGUGAUCAGUGGUCUUUAUCCUGGUGUUACUACAGUAGAGUUGGAUACUUUAGCUGCAGAAACUGCUGCAAUGAAGACAAUAGACCAUCCAGAUUAUGCAACUUUAGCUGCAAGAAUCUCAAUGUCAAAUUUACAUAAGGAGACCAAGAAACAGUUCAGUGAGGUCAUCAGUGACUUACACCAUAUGGUUGAUUCAAGAACAAACAAACGUACGCCCAUGAUAUCAGAGUUCCACUAUAAUGUUGUAAUGAAGAAUGCAGAUCGGUUGAAUUCCUGUAUCAUCUACGACCGGGAUUUCUCAUACAGUUAUUUUGGUUUAAAAACUUUGGAGCGAUCUUAUUUACUCAAAAUCAAUGGUAAAAUAGCUGAACGUCCUCAACAUAUGCUUAUGAGAGUUGCAGUUGGAAUUCAUGGGGAAGAUACCGAAGCUGCUAUCAAUACAUAUAAUUUGUUAUCAGAGAAGUAUUUUACCCAUGCCAGUCCUACUUUAUUUUCUGCUGCUACUCCGAAAUCUCAACUGUCUUCUUGUUUCUUACUUAUGUUACCCGAUGACAGUAUGGAGGGAGUUUUCGAAUUGUUGUCUCGUUGUGCUUAUAUCUCGAAAUCAGCGGGAGGAAUAGGAAUCAAUAUUCAUAAUGCUAGAGCUAAAGGAACCCAUAUUAAAGGAACGCAUGGAGAGGCGAAAGGUUUAGUACCCUUACUAAGAGUUUUUAAUAAUACUGCAAGAUAUGUAGACCAAGGAGGCAAUAAACGUCCUGGAGCGUUUGCUGUGUACCUUGAACCGUGGCAUGCAGACAUUUUAGACUUCUUGAAUCUCAAGAAAAACACUGGUAAAGAAGAAAUGAGAGCUAGAGAUUUAUUUUUCGCUCUUUGGAUACCUGACUUGUUCAUGAAAAGAGUGGAAGCAAAUGGAACGUGGUCACUAAUGUGUCCUCAUUUGUCACCAGGACUUUCUGACUGCUUUGGAGAAGAGUUUGAAAAGUUAUACGAAAAAUAUGAAGCAGAAGGAAAGUUUAUUAAGCAAUUACCUGCACAAGAAGUUUGGAAAGCUAUAAUUGUGUCUCAGGUAGAAACCGGUACACCGUAUAUGCUAUACAAAGACUCUUGUAACAAAAAAAGUAAUCAACAGAACCUUGGUGUAAUAAAAAGUAGUAAUCUUUGCACAGAAAUUGUCGAAUAUACUUCACCGGAUGAGAUAGCUGUGUGCAAUUUAGCUUCAGUUGCUGUUAACAUGUUCGUUAGUGCUGAUAGAAAAACCUAUGAUUUCCAAAAACUCAAAGAAAUUACGAAAGUUGUUGCCAAAAAUCUUGACAAGAUUAUUGAUGUGAACUAUUAUCCUGUGCCAGAAGCUAAGACAUCUAAUAUGCGCCAUCGUCCUAUUGGAAUUGGUAUCCAAGGUUUAGCAGAUGCAUUUAUCCUCAUGAAAAUGCCUUUCGAUAGCGAAGAUGCUACUUUACUAAAUAAACAAAUUUUUGAAACCAUCUAUUACGGUGCUUUAGAAGCUAGCUGUGAAGUAGCUCAAGAGAAAGGAACAUACUCAACGUACGAAGGCAGUCCUGUUAGUAAAGGAAUCCUUCAAUACGAUAUGUGGGAUGUGACUCCUACUGAUCUUUGGGAUUGGGCCGUUUUAAAAGAAAAGAUUAGCAAAUAUGGUAUAAGAAACUCAUUACUUUUAGCACCAAUGCCAACUGCAUCUACUGCACAAAUAUUGGGCAAUAACGAAUCAAUUGAACCAUAUACUUCGAAUAUUUAUACUCGAAGAGUUUUAUCAGGAGAGUUUCAAGUGGUCAAUCAACAUUUGAUAAACGACUUAACUGACCGAGGGUUAUGGGACGACACAAUGAAGAAUCAGAUAUUGGCAAAUCUUGGUUCAAUUCAAAACAUUCCAUCUAUUCCUGAUGAUUUGAAAGCUAUUUAUAAAACAGUUUGGGAGAUUUCUCAAAAGGUUAUCCUCAACAUGGCUGCUGACAGAGGAGCUUUUAUUGAUCAAAGUCAGAGUUUGAAUAUCCACGUUGAAAAACCUAGUUAUGGAGUAUUAUCUUCGAUACAUUUUUAUGGUUGGAAAAAGGGUCUUAAGACUGGCAUGUAUUAUUUGAGAACAAAGCCCGCGGCUAAACCUAUACAGUUUACUGUAGAUAAGAGCAAACUUUUGAUCAAAAAUCAACAAAAUGGAAGUACAGAAAAUCAACAAACUGGAAGUAUAAAUGGAAGUAUAGAAGGUGUGCAAAAUGGUACAAGUAGUAUACAAAAUGGUACAAGUAGUAUACAAAAUGGUACAAGUAGUAUACAAAAUGGUUUGAGUAAUAUUCAAAUCGGCUCAAGUAGUGUACAAAAUGGUUCAAGUUAAGUAGUAUCGGGAAUUUAAAAAAUACAAAUUACUUAAAUAAUCUCAGAAUGUAAGGAAAAAUAGAUUAAAAAAGUGUGAUACUGUAAAUUUGUAAGAUACUAACUUCUAAAAUAGUUAUUUAUGCAACGAGUGUAAAAAGUAAGUUUAUUACAUGAGUUGCAUACAAUAUUUUCUCUACUUUCAUGCAAAAACGAAAACUGUUUUGUUUAGGUGGCACUCUAUCAGGUCUUUGGUUAAUUAGAUCAGAUUAACAUUAAGAAAGUUGGAAACAAUUUACAUCAAACUGAAUCGUCAACAUCAAUGUUAACUCAUUUAUGCCCACAACUAUUUUUGUCAAAAUAUAUCAACGAUUUUCUCAAAAAUGUAAUGACAUCCCAAAACGGUGACGUUUGUUUUUUUUUGUACUGUUUAAAAAGAACUCUUCCCUUAAACAAUGUCAUACUCUGUUCAGUAACGAGGUUGAUAGAAUUGAGGGGGUCAGACGUAAAAGGGUUUAAGUGCAGUUUUGAUAGUUCUGAGAUAAUCAGCUUCAAAGUUGUUUGAGUUUUAUAAAUUCUAGGGGUGAUUAACGUAAAAUAUGUCUAGUGUACAAUGUACUAUAAAAUGAUUAAAAUAUAAGGGUCUAUUAUUACUCUUACUAUAUCAUUCCUUUUUUUCAAUUAUUAAAAAAAUGUACUUGAAUCGGUACAUGGUGUUAUAAAUGUUACUGGUAAAACGGUUUAAGUGCAGAUGCUAACUACAUAUUACUAAUCAUUUUUGUCCCAGCUAUUAUCCACAGUGUAACUACAACUGGUACGUUGCAUAAUCCUUAAUUAGUGUUCAAAAUUAGCCACGAAUCUAAUAUUUAUUUACUUGAAAUUAAUCCUGCAUUACACAUUACAUAAUACUAAAAAUAGUUUUGUGGUAAAAUGGUUCAAGCGCACUUAAACCCGUUUAUUACUAUUUGUUUUUACAGAAUACUAAAAAUAGUUUUGUGGUAAAACGGUUCAAGCGCACGGUUAAACCUGUUUACUACCAAAGCAAACUGCAAUUGUUUUCAGUGAACUAAAUGUAAUGGCGAUAGAUGGCGACUGUAGGGCGAAAUAUGCUUAAAUCGUUUUACCACCAAGUUCUAAUACCAUUUAAGUAUACGAAUCUUUACUUAGAGUAAAAUUCUAAAAAAGUGCACUUACACCCUUUUACUUCUAACCCCCUCAAUUGUGACAUAUUUUUCCAUUUGUGUCAAAACCUCCCUUAUUUUAUGCAAGCGAUCUCCUGCUUCUGCUUGUUCGUUGUUAGAGAAAUGCAAAUAUUUCAUAAUUUGUAAGUACCUGUCUUUUGGCCAUUUUUUUGGCAAAAACUGAGGAAUGCCAAUUAAAGGGGGUCUGUUGACAAAUUAUCCUUCUAAAUAGCACACUAAAUAUGUAGUAGUAGCACACUAAAUAUGGAAUGUGUUUGAAUGAUCAAAAACCGUUCUUAUAGAAUAACAUCUGACUGCCAGAAAAAUUGUAUACUAGUGCAAUAAAGAACUAGUUUUUUCACCAUAGUUCAAUAAAAUUUCGAUUUUUGCAUGAACGUAGAUAAAAUUUGUCAGUGCCUUUUUUGACUGAAAGUGAGGACAAUAAUACGAAAAUAUCUUUUAGCGAAUAAAUAGACACAGAUUAUAUAUAAAUUAUCUGCAAUUUGGAUCUUUAUCAACAGUAAUUUUAUUGGAAUAUGAAUACUAUCAUUACACAUACUUUUAAUAAAACUUUUCUCAUGUUUUUCAAUUUAUUAUAAGGUUUCUUCCAUUAGUUUUCUCAGGAAAUUUGAACUUUUGUGUUGAAUUCUGUAGUGGUGAUGACAUUUGGUUUAAUUAUUAAUCCGAGUCUCUACGAAAAUCCGUGUCAGUAAACAUAUCCCGAGAUUUAUAAACAUUUCAUUGGCGAAGAGGUAACAGUUUCUAUAACUAUUAGUACCUUUGUAUGUAGUCUUAAAAAUUUUCAAAGCUUCUCCAUUCACAAUUAUUUUAAAGUUUUACUAAAUGUAAGCUCUUAUUUUUAUUGUCAUAAGUGGAUAAUUCUCCUAGGAGAGGAAUCUAAUUCCUCGCUCAUCUACUACUCCCCUUGUACUCUUUACCUCUAUUUUACAACAUCUCGUCGUUUUUUACUAAUUUGCGUUUUCGAUUUGCAUUUCAACUAAUUUUGCGAUUUUAUUUUUUCACUACCUUUUUAUUUUAGUAUCUUAGCAUUAGGCGGAAAUUAUAUAUUUACAUUGUGAAUUUUUCUAUAAUAUACUACAUUUUUUUAGUUUGUAGAGAUAGUGAGUAUAUAAAAUGUUUAGCUUUUCUUAGUCUCUUAGAAAAAAAUCUUCUUAUAAUUAUUAUUAUUUACAUGUUUUCAUGCGUAAAAAUUGUACACACUUUUAUUUGAAUAACAAUGGACAUCAUUUUGUUUUCGUUUCGAUGAAAUAAGUUGAAAUAUUAGAUUUGUGUAUAUUAUAUUGUUUUGAAUUAUUUAAACCAAAACUCUCAUUGAAUACUGUAAAAUUCUUAAUUUAUAUAUUUUUUGUAUUUAAAUAAAUAGACAUAUAGGAAAUGAAAUGGAUAUGUCCGUUUAUAGCAUAUUGCCAUUUUAUAAUAUGUAACAAAUCUAAGUGAGUGAUAUCAUCCUGAAAUAUUGGCAAAAGGGACUUUAAAAAAAUCAUACAGAAGUAAAAAACUUCGUUUGUACAAUGGUAUAAAAAGUCACUAUUAAAAGCCAUCCAAAUGGAUUGCAAAACGUUUUCGAUCUAGAUCAGAUUAUCUUCAGUGCCUAGAACGAAGUAUUUCAACGUUAGAAUGAAUGCAAAAGGUAAAAUUGUGACUAGUUAAAGAAAAAAUGUGGCAAAUACUUACGUUCUGCUUAGUAGAUGAAACUAGCACACUUUUAAAAUUGGUAACAUCGAUUUAUAUGAUUUACAAGUUAAUAAUAUGAUAAUUGUAGCGACUCCCAAGUCGAUGUUAAAUAUUUAUUAAAAACUAAAUAUUACGAUAUAUAAUAUAUAUUACUAGUACUAAAUGUUGUUUCUCAAAAUAGUAAUAAAAAACCUACAUAUAAGAAUAUUGCAAGAAAAAAUAAUACAAUACUUUAUGGGACGUUCAUCUGGCAAUCAAUCAUAUUCAAAAAAAAUUUAAGUUUAUUAAGUAUGUUAUAUAUGUUAUAUAUAUGUUUAUUAAGUAUGUAUAUUAAGUUUAUAAUAUGUAACAAAUCUAAGUGAGUGAUAUCAUCCUGAAAUAUUGGCAAAAGGGACUUUAAAAAAAUCAUACAGAAGUAAAAAACUUCGUUUGUACAAUGGUAUAAAAAGUCACUAUUAAAGCCAUCCAAAUGGAUUGCAAAACGUUUUCGAUCUAGAUCAGAUUAUCUUCAGUGCCUAGAACGAAGUAUUUCAACGUUAGAAUGAAUGCAAAAGGUUAAAAUUGUGACUAGUUAAAGAAAAAAUGUGGCAAAUACUUACGUUCUGCUUAGUAGAUGAAACUAGCACACUUUUAAAAUUGGUAACAUCGAUUUAUAUGAUUUACAAGUUAAUAAUAUGAUAAUUGUAGCGACUCCCAAGUCGAUGUUAAAAGAUUAUAUUUAUUAAAAACUAAAUAUUACUAUAAUUAUAUAAUAUAUAUUACUAGUACUAAAUGUUGUUUCUCAAAAUAGUAAUAAAAAACCUACAUAUAAGAAUAUUGCAAGAAAAAAUAAUACAAUACUUUAUGGGACGUUCAUCUGGCAAUCAAUCAUAUUCAAAAAAAAUUUUAAGUUUAUUAAGUAUGUUAUAUAUGUUAUAUAUAUGUUUAUUAAGUAUGUAUAUUAAGUUUAUAAUAUGUAACAAAUCUAAGUGAGUGAUAUCAUCCUGAAAUAUUGGCAAAAGGGACUUUAAAAAAAUCAUACAGAAGUAAAAAACUUCGUUUGUACAAUGGUAUAAAAAGUCACUAUUAAAAGCCAUCCAAAUGGAUUGCAAAACGUUUUCGAUCUAGAUCAGAUUAUCUUCAGUGCCUAGAACGAAGUAUUUCAACGUUAGAAUGAAUGCAAAAGGUAAAAUUGUGACUAGUUAAAGAAAAAAUGUGGCAAAUACUUACGUUCUGCUUAGUAGAUGAAACUAGCACACUUUUAAAAUUGGUAACAUCGAUUUAUAUGAUUUACAAGUUAAUAAUAUGAUAAUUGUAGCGACUCCCAAGUCGAUGUUAAAAGAUUAUAUUUAUUAAAAACUAAAUAUUACUAUAUGUAAUAUAUAUUACUAGUACUAAAUGUUGUUUCUCAAAAUAGUAAUAAAAAACCUACAUAUAAGAAUAUUGCAAGAAAAAAUAAUACAAUACUUUAUGGGACGUUCAUCUGGCAAUCAAUCAUAUUCAAAAAAAAUUUAAGUUUAUUAAGUAUGUUAUAUAUGUUAUAUAUAUGUUUAUUAAGUAUGUAUAUUAAGUUUAUAAUAUGUAACAAAUCUAAGUGAGUGAUAUCAUCCUGAAAUAUUGGCAAAAGGGACUUUAAAAAAAUCAUACAGAAGUAAAAAACUUCGUUUGUACAAUGGUAUAAAAAGUUACUAUUAAAAGCCAUCCAAAUGGAUUGCAAAACGUUUUCGAUCUAGAUCAGAUUAUCUUCAGUGCCUAGAACGAAGUAUUUCAACGUUAGAAUGAAUGCAAAAGGUAAAAUUGUGACUAGUUAAAGAAAAAAUGUGGCAAAUACUUACGUUCUGCUUAGUAGAUGAAACUAGCACACUUUUAAAAUUGGUAACAUCGAUUUAUAUGAUUUACAAGUUAAUAAUAUGAUAAUUGUAGCGACUCCCAAGUCGAUGUUAAAAGAUUAUAUUUAUUAAAAACUAAAUAUUACUAUAUAUAAUAUAUAUUACUAGUACUAAAUGUUGUUUCUCAAAAUAGUAAUAAAAAACCUACAUAUAAGAAUAUUGCAAGAAAAAAUAAUACAAUACUUUAUGGGACGUUCAUCUGGCAAUCAAUCAUAUUCAAAAAAAUUUUAAGUUUAUUAAGUAUGUUAUAUAUGUUAUAUAUAUAUAUGUUUAUUAAGUAUGUAUAUUAAGUUUAUAAUAUGUAACAAAUCUAAGUGAGUGAUAUCAUCCUGAAAUAUUGGCAAAAGGGACUUUAAAAAAAUCAUACAGAAGUAAAAAACUUCGUUUGUACAAUGGUAUAAAAAGUCACUAUUAAAAGCCAUCCAAAUGGAUUGCAAAACGUUUUCGAUCUAGAUCAGAUUAUCUUCAGUGCCUAGAACGAAGUAUUUCAACGUUAGAAUGAAUGCAAAAGGUUAAAAUUGUGACUAGUUAAGAAAAAAUGUGGCAAAUACUUACGUUCUGCUUAGUAGAUGAAACUAGCACACUUUUAAAAUUGGUAACAUCGAUUUAUAUGAUUUACAAGUUAAUAAUAUGAGAAUUGUAGCGACUCCCAAGUCGAUGUUAAAAGAUUAUAUUUAUUAAAAACUAAAUAUUACUAUAAUUAUAUAAUAUAUAUUACUAGUACUAAAUGUUGUUUCUCAAAAUAGUAAUAAAAAACCUACAUAUAAGAAUAUUGCAAGAAAAAAUAAUACAAUACUUUAUGGGACGUUCAUCUGGCAAUCAAUCAUAUUCAAAAAAAUUUUAAGUUUAUUAAGUUUUAAAGUAUAGUUUUUCCAAUAAUAAAAUAUGUUAGUAGAGUUUAGUACUAUGUACUUUCAUUGAAGCCACUCUCAGAGCCACAGUUUAUUCCAUGAUUCUCCCAAUUUUUAAAAUACGGUUGUAAGUGAUGAAAUUGUGUAUAUUUAUUUAGUAGAAUAUUCAGUUAGUAGAACAAAAACAAAACAAAAUUCCGAAUUCUUAUUCUUAAUUUUUGAAUCGUUAAUUUUUGGCUUCAAUACACAAAUACACUAUUUGAAAUUAUAAUCAGUACUAAAUUAUGUCAAACUGCCAGUAGAUCCUUUUUAUUGGAAUAAUUAUUAGUGCAUUUUACCAACGAAUAUAUACUCUGAUAGAAAGGUACGGCCCUGUAACGUUUUAACAUAGUAUUUUGCGUUCCAACUGAGUAGGUGCCAUGGAGGUGCAUAGACCUGACAGCGACUACGGACUACUACCGCCCGCACUGCGGCCGCAACAUUCCUCGUCAACAAGCCUGCUUAUAAACGUGACCAUCUUCUUCUUGCAGUACCGUCUCCUAUCGGAGGUUGGCUACCACCACAGCAAUUUUAACUUUGUUGGCUGCAGCUCUGAACAACUGUAUUGAACUGCACCCAUACAACUCCCUUAAAUUUCGCAACCAGGAAAUCCUCGCGACGUCCCACAUUUCUCUUUCCCGAGAUUUUUCCUUGGAUUAUGAGUCUUAGCAGAGAGUAGUUUUCUCCUCUCAUUAUGUGGCCUAGAUAUUCCAGUUUUUUCGUUUGUAUGGUUUUUAUGACUUCGCAUUCCUUCCCCAUCUUCACCAAAACAUCUUGAUUUGUUACUCUUUCUGUCCAUGGUAUUUUCCACAUUCUCCUGUAGCGCCACAUCUCGAAUGCCUCGAUGUUUUUGAUGUUUAUCUUUUUCAGUGUCCAAGUUUCCAUGCCGUACAGCAGAACGGAGAAAACAUAGCACCUUAACAUUCUCGUUCUUAAUUUUAUAUUUAUGUCCCGGCUGCAUAGGAACUUUUUCAUUUUGACAAACGAUUGUCUCGCUAUCUCUAUUCGCCUCUUGAUUUCUCUUGUCUGGUCAUUAGCAUCAGUGAACCAAACCCCUAAAUAUUUGUAGGACGUAAAGGCCCCGUCUCACCAUCAAAUAAUUGACAGUUAUUUGAUCAAACUUGACAGUUAGUGACACAAAGUGACAGUUAGUAUGUAUAGUUUGUGUCACUAGUCAAGUUUGACUGUCAAGUUUGAUCAAAUAACUGUCAAUUAUUUGAUGGUGAGACGGGGCCUUGACUUUUUCAACUGGCUGAUUAUUUAUGGUUAAAUUCACAUUGGUGUAUAGCUUCUUUGUUACUAUUAUGAAUUUAGUCUUUUUGAUGUCCAGUUUUAGACCAUCUUACUGGUCAUACUUAUGACCAUCUGUUUCAUAUAAAAACUUCUUCUAGGAGCUGUAUAUUCGUUGAUUUUACUUUCGUACUUCUUGUUGCACAGUAAAAUAUUCGUUAUCGCGAUAAUUCAAAACAAUCAUGGAAAUUCAUGGAAUAAACUGUAUUCACGUAUAUGACAAAUUCAUCGGAUGAGAUGGAGACGGUUCAAGAUAUACAUUUAUAAUUUACUCCCAAUGUCCAUUACAUGUUUAAUGGCACUAUUCCAAUGUGUAAAGAAGAGAGUGUGUAUUUACAUUUCUUCUCUGCGCUUGAUCAGGACGUUCCACAACAAUGUUCUGAUUGUCAUGGCUAAUAAACGAAUAUACCUAAUAUCUAUUCCACUGUCAGUCUUUAAAUACGAAUAAAAUUAGAACUCAUCCUCGCCAGGUUAUUUUUUACAUUUAGUUUUAAUUUUCAAGAGGUAUAGAAUAAGAAUAACUUUUAAAAUGUACCUUUAAUUAUUUUUUCAGUUAAAUAUAGGGCAUCACUGAGGCUACUUUAAUAAUAUAUUUAUAAAUGUAAAAAUUCUAUGUAAUUUACUAAAAUAUACUUUUAUAUACCA